AAGACGCAAGAAUAAUGAUAGCUAGCUUCUCAGAGGAAACGGCUAGAAAAGUAUUAUGCGAGGCCUUUAUGCGCAAAUUGUAUGGUCCUAAACGAAUCUUCAUCUUUCGCGGUUUCCUGGAGUCCAACUGGUGGAAAACCUCAGACAAACCAGUGGAUCUAAGGUGCACAGAUGAUGAUAUGAUGACUGUCCUACAGAGUGUAAUUACUGUAUACUUCAACAUGAAUGCAAGACAAAGGACUGCAGUCGCAACGGCCCAGACGUACCUGUCCUUUCGAAAGGAGAUGUCCCGGAUCCUGGGCUCGAAGAUCUUAACGAGCCACGAUGUAGCAGCGAAUGCUCACGAUGGGAUCUGGGCUAUCGGAUACGGUCUCAACCAGUCUCGUGCCUUUAUUGGUAAUCGAAGUCUACACGAUUACACGUACAAUGACAAGAACAUGACAAGAACAUUCUACAACCACAUCCUCAAAUCACAGUUUUAUGGUGUAUCGGGACCAAUGGGAUUCCAAGCAGACGGUGACAGAACGGGGUUUUUCGUCAUUGAACAAAUUAAAGAUGGAGAACGUGUAGUCUUAGGAACUUUAGAACAAGGCCAAGUUAUUAAAUGGCUCUUGCCUACCGAGGAUAUAUGGGAUCAAAAUAACGGACAGCCACCAUUUGACGAGGACCGCACGCAUGAGAUCUUGGUAGUCCAAACUAUCUCUAAAAUAUCGGUUAUCAUAAUGAGCGUCUUUGCUGUAAUGGGAGUAUCCUUAUCACUGUUCUUCUUCAUUUUCAAUAUCAGAAAUAGGAAGAAUAGGUUUAUUAAGAUGUCUAGUCCAAAUCUGAACAACCUCACUAUCUGUGGAAUUUCUUUAGGAUAUACAUGUGUGAUCUUACUUGGCAUAGACCCUGGAAUGUUAACACCUCCACAUCAGUACAUCAUAUGCGGGGCGCGUGUGUGGUUUAUCUCGUUUGCUUUCACUAUAGCAUUCGGGGGAAUGUUUACCAAAACGUGGAGGGUCUAUCAUAUCAUCAUCAACAAACGAACCACCAGGAAGGUGAUAAAGGAUCGACAUCUGGUUGGCAUCAUUUUGGUGCUUUUAAUCAUUGACCUCAUCAUUCUGGGCAUCAAGGAGAUCGUUGAUCCUUAUCACGUUAUUGAUGAGCUGAUCGAGAAACCACGGACCCAGAAAGACCGUGAAAAUUUCGUACUGUACAUCCAUGUUUACCGACGAUGUUCUGCCAAGUUCAAUACAAUAUGGACCAUCAUCUUGGUUGUAUACAAGAGUUUCAUCAUGGUGUUUGGGGCAUUCUUGUCUUUCCAGACAAGGACAAUUAGCAUUUCUGGACUGAAUGACAGUUACUAUGUUGGACUAUCUAUAUACAAUGCUUGCCUGUGUUGCGCUGUGGCUGUUCCCUUAUCACUUUUCAAGAUAAACUCUCUCAACGUGACCUACGCCGUUACAUCUGGGUUCAUCAUCUUUUGUGCGACAACUAUUCUCUGUACACUUUUCCUUCCCAAGAUAUCCGCCAUCUAUCGGCAGCAUCAUGAAGUAGGUAACAUCCAACGAUUCGGUCUGAACACAACUCACUCUAUGCCAGGAACAUCAGGUGUGACAACUGUUAAAAUGAUGGGACGAGAACCAACUCAACUAGGUGAACAUAAUGCCAUCAAUAAGAAAGCUUGAAUUAUAUACAUUUCAAUGUAUUAUGAACGGAUCAGGGGGAGCCUAUGUAGUGUGCCCCAUUUUGGCCGAAAUUGUGCACCCUAGCCCUUUUUAUUUUUUGGACAAAUCUCCCCCUUUGUAAGAUUGUUACAAUAUUGAAUACCGAACAAAUAACAAAGACAAUUUUCAUUAGAUUAUUUUUGCUUUUUAAUUAUUUACACAGAAUAAAAAAAAAUAUAUAAUACAUCUUACAUAUCGUGAAGAUUCAGUUCUGAGUUAUUUCAAAUAAUAUAAUUAUAUGCAAGUUGGCUGGCAAAAGUUCCUUAAAUUAAAGUCCACAAUGCUGGCGAUGGUGAAAUUGAUGUUGAAACACAAUGAAUAAUAAGAGUCACUGUAACAAGUUGAAAUGUCCGUGAAGACGAAUUUGAUGAUGAUAAACAGUCAAUUUCAGCAAUCCACGGGUUGACAAAUGUUCUGUAGAACAGGUUGAUGAUCUCGAUGAAAACUGAGAAUUCCUCUCUCAAAAUAACUGCAAAUAGUUCAUUGAUGGUGUGCAAAAUUCCACAGAAGAUAACUGUUGUUGGAAACAAAGUAUGCUCUUAAAAAAAAAAUGGUGUGAAAUUCUAAGUUCUGAUCUGAUAUGAUGAUGUCCUUGAAGAAACUGCCAGCUUAUAUAUAUAUAAAUUUACACUAUUCUGGAAGCUUCUAUUAUUGUCUUUAAAAAGAACAUUCUGCCAAUUUCUAGAGCAGUCCAAUUAUACGACUCUUGAAUGACCUCAGUGAAAUUAACAAUGUAAAAAAAACAUAGCUAAUCCUAUUGUCCUUUUCACUGCAGGGUUUCUAUUGUCAAGCAGUCUCUAUUGACCAAUACAAAAAUACCAAAAUACCAAUCAUUGCUCUUUCUCAUUAAAUAUGCGUAUCUUGCAAAGCUUACUAAGACAUUCUGGAAUAUUCUAAUUAUGCUAUGAACUUCCUUAGAGAAAAAAAUAGCACAAUGAAUGAAUAUACAUGUAUUUUUCUCUUACAAUUCAUCUUAUAUAAUAUGAUAAGAUAUAAACUUUAUCUUUUGCUUAACAAGAAAUCAAUUUUCAUGGAAAAGCUCCUUUUCUAGAUGUUUUCCCCUUUUUCACUCAUUAAUUAUUAUUUGGGGAUGAUUUUUUUUUCACACGUUCUUCUUUUCCCUCUUUCCUUCCACUUUCCAUUUCUCUCUAUAUGUUCUUUCUUUCCCUUGUUUCCUUUCGCUUUUCGUUUCUUUCUCCUUUUCCCAUGGGGAGGGGGGGGGCAGACCCCCCUCCCCUGGUCUCUGCCUUUUUACGCCACUGGCCCCAAGCUUUGAGCCUAGAACGCCGGUGCCUUAACCACUACCCCCCCC